AUGAAACACUCAACAGAACGUCAAAAUACACCUGCGAAAAAGCUUAUUUUAGUAUGGAAGUACGGCUUGACACUCGAAAAUCGUCACAUCCAUCGUUUCAAUCCCUCGAAAAGAUAUUCUCCAUGGGAAAAUUGUCCUCUUACAUCCUGUGAGCUGACAUACAGUGAUGAAGACUCAGAUAUGGCAGACGCCGUACUAUUUCACCUUCAACGAAUGACAAAGAAAGAUGCUACAAAAAUUUCGAAGUGGUCGCGGAAAAGUCGAAAUCAAAAACAAAUUUGGGUUUUUCUAACAGAUGAAUCUCCAAUGCAUACGACAUUCUACCCAGCGUACAACGGAUUAUUCAACUGGUCUAUGACUUAUCGAUCCAAUAGUGAUGUCUGGGUGCCCUAUGGUCGCACAAUCAGAAACUCAGCCUUUCCAGAAGCUAACAGCACUGAUCAACCUCGGAAAAUUACUGGUUAUCUUCCAGAAAUUCCUAAAAAACAUGAAUUAGUUGCAAUAAUGGGGAGCAAUUGCGCAAAAACUAAAGCAAGUAAUCGAUGGAAAUAUGUUAAGAUACUUUCAAAUCUCUUUAAAAAAUCUGAACAAAAUUUAGACAUCUUCGGAGCAUGUUUAGGGGGUAACAGAACUGCUUGUCCAGGCCAUUUCUAUCAAGAUUGUCCUGUGUUAAAUAAUUAUAAAUUUUAUUUAGCGUUUGAGAAUUCAAACUGCAGAGAAUACUUGACAGAAAAAGUAUUUUGGAAUGCUUAUUCCAAAUUUUCUGUACCGGUGAUUAUGGGGGCUCCGAAGCGGGACUGCCAGAGACUAUUGCCUCCUCAUUCGUACAUUCAUGUCGAAGACUUCGAUUCACCAGAGGAUUUAUUUAAUUAUUUAAGGUAUAUUGAUGAGGAUGAUGAGAAAUAUGUAAAAUAUCAUACUUGGAGGAGGGAGUGGAGGGUUCUCAAUGAACACGGAUAUUUUGGAUCUGAGCCGAAGCAUUACUGUCGUUUGUGUCAGGCAUUGUGGCUCAAUAAAUCCACAACAAAAUAUUAUGUAAAUCCGAGUGACUAUUGGAGCCAAAAAGACUGCAUCCUGAGUCCUGAUUCUACUUGA